AUGGGCUUCUUCCGCCGCAAAGGAGCUGUGGAGGAGGUGCUCCCCGUCCAGUCAGCCGAGGGCGAGGGGACCACGACCGGCUAUGAGGGCGACAACCAGGCUGUCGACGCGGCUAACGCCGACAAGCACAUCAGGCGGCUGAAGGACCAGCACAGAUUCGACCCCUUCAUGGAGAUUGAAAAGCUCGAUGCCAUUGACUCGGCCAUUGAAACCGGCAAUGGCGAAAAGGAGUUCGCUGUCGAGUCGUCGCUCAUCGGCGAGAACUCGCCUUACGCCGAAGUGCGCACCGCGGUCCCGAACACCGAUGAUCCUGAGAUGUAUGUGGACACGAUCCGCGCUUGGACCAUUGGGUUCAUCACUUGCACCGUUGUGGCUGCCAUGAACCUGCUCAUGGGUCAGCACUACACUGGCUUGGUCAUUCAGAGCUCCGUUGUCCAGCUGGUCGCGUAUCCCAUGGGCAAGGGCUGGGCCAAGUUCAUGCCUAACAUUCAUAUCUUUGGCGUUCCAUUGAACCCUGGCCCCUUCAACAAGAAGGAGCACACGAUCGUUACCAUGAUGACGGCCGCUGGUGCUGCCAUGAGUUAUGCUUUCGACAUUCUACUGGCACAACAGGAGUUCUAUGGACAAUAUUGGGGUUGGGGCUUCCAAAUCCUCCUUACCAUUUCAACCCAAGCUAUGGGUUUCGGCAUGGCUGGAUUGCUCCGUCGCUUCCUUAUCUGGCCUGCCGCUAUGGUCUGGCCUGCAACACUCAUCACCUGCACGAUCAUGGACUCGCUUCACGACCACCGACCGACCGACCCAUCCAAGUCCAACGGCUGGACCAUUGGUCGUUACAGGUUCUUCCUGAUUGUGGCAGCAUCUGCGUUUGGUUGGCACUGGAUCCCCUUCGUGAUUGCCCCAUUCCUGUCCUACCUGGGCAAUUUCCCAACUUGGGCUGCUCCGGACAAUCUCGCAGUCAACCAGGUCUUCGGUGGUGUACACGGCCUUGGCAUAAUUCCCUUGUCCCUCGACUGGACAAUUCCUACUGGUUGGUUCCUGAGUCCUCUUCAGUACCCCUCCUUCUCCCUGAUCAACAUGGGAUUCGGAGGACUGAUCUUCCUUCUCGGAAUUGUCGGCAUUGGAUUCGCUGGUGAGGAUUUCAACAAGUACCUGCCUCUGCUCUCGAAUACCAACUACGAUCAUUUCGGUGAGAAGUACAACACUACUCGUGUUGUGAGCCCGGAUCUUACUCUGGAUGUGGACGCCUACAAGGAGUAUUCGCCUCUUUUCAUCGGUCCUGCAUUCUCACUUGCCUACGGCAUGGGUUUUGCGACCUUGAUCUCUACCCUCGUGCACGUCGCCCUCUUCUACGGCAAGGAUAUCUGGCAUCGCGUCAGGAACGCGAAGUACGAGGAGCCUGACGUCCAUCUCAAGCUGAUCCGAAAAUACAAGGAAGCCCCAGAGUGGUGGUUCCUCAGCAUUUUCCUCGUCUCGUUUGGCUUUGGUAUGGCUGCGGCAGUUGCAUGGGAAACCCACCUGCCGUGGUGGGCAUACAUUGUUACCAUCUUGAUCGGAACCUUCUUCGUUCUCCCUGUCGGCACGAUCCAGGCUGUCACCAACUCUCAGACUGGUCUCAACGUCAUCACCGAGAUGAUUGUCGGUUAUAUGCUGCCCGGCCGACCGGUUGCCAUGAUGCUGUUCAAGUCUUUUGGCUACAUGUUCGCCUACAACGCCCUUCAAUAUGUCUCUGACAUGAAGGUUGGACAUUAUAUGAAGGUCCCUCCUCGCUCUAUGUUCCGUGCCCAGUUGUUUGCUGUCCUAUGGUUGUCUAUUGUCCAAGUUUGUACUUUCAACUGGCUGAUGGGUAACCUGCCGGACGUAUGUACCGAGGACCAACCCCAGGGAUUCACCUGUGCUGGAGCCCGCACAUUCUUCAACGCCAGCGUUAUUUGGGGUCUGAUUGGCCCCAAGAGGAUGUUUGGCGCUGGCUCGAUGUUCGCCUGGACCAACUGGUUCUGGCUCAUUGGCGCCAUCUGCCCCUGCAUUCAGUUCUACUUUGCCCGGAAGUACCCCAAGAGCAUCGCUCGCUACAUCUUCUUCCCGGCUGUCUUUGGCGUUUCUGGCAUGAUCCCGCCAGCAACCCUCUUCCAGCUUCUGUGUUGGCUGACCAUUGGUCUCACCUUCAACGUCGUCGUCAAGCGCAACUACUUCGGCUGGUGGACCAGGUACACUUACGUCCUGUCAGGUGCUAUGGAUAUUGGUACUGCCUUGUGCCUCGUGCUUUUCGCCGUGGGCAUUGGUAUCUCCCAGUCGUCCUUCCCUGCGUGGUGGGGAACUACGGGCUAUGCUGAGACCCUAGACCAGACAGCGAGCGCGGUGAUCAAGACACUCGGCGACGGCGAGUACUUCGGCCCGCCCCCUGGUUCCUGGUCUUAG